AUAUUUCUACACACAUAUCGAUCACAAAACAUUGAUAUCGAUCACAUUUAAUACCAACAUCGAUGUCAUAUUAUCGAUAUUUGGACCAACCUCCCUACCAUUGUAGCAUAAAAGUGAAAGCUUCUCCAGGACCUGAUCUUAGGAGGAGGCACGCUGCGCUGCUGUGUGGCCGCUCAUCUUUCGCUCGCCGCUUCCUUCUCCUGCAGCAGCUAUCCAUGGCGGCCAAAAGCCGAAAGCAGACUGGCAAGAGCGACAAAAGCGAAAAGAGUCCCCCGCUCGCUUCUACUGGUGGCAAAACCGGCGCCAAGCGAGCCGCCGCUGGCAGGGAUGCCAAAACCGCGAACGGGCUAUCGGGCAUCCGCCACAAGCUGGGGCUCACCCAUUCCGCAGCGGCCGGUUUGGGAUUCACGCUUCUCCUCGCUGCUCUAAGCGGAUAUCUCCACUGGUAUCAUGUCACACAGCUCUUUGAAAAUGACAGGCACUUCUCACACUUGUCCACCCUGGAGAAGGAAAUGGCUUUCCGGACAGAAAUGGGCUUGUACUACUCGUACUACAAGACCAUCAUUGAGGCGCCUUCCUUCCUGCAGGGCCUCCACAUGAUCAUGAACGACCGGCUGACCGAGUACCCACUGGUCAUAAACACCCUCAAGAGGUUUAAUCUUUACCCAGAGGUGGUUCUCGCCAGCUGGUACCGGGUGUACACGGCUGUCAUGGGCUACUUUGGCGUUCCUACCAAGAUGUGCUGGUCCAUCAACAGAGGAGAAUUCCUGACACCCGUGGACAGUUGUGAAGGCUUGGGAGACCCAGCUUAUUUCUACGUGACAUGCGUGUUCUUGCUGAACGGGGCGAUGAUGAGCCUGUUUUUCCUGUACGGCGCUUACCUCAGUGGCAGCCGACUGGGUGGUGUCGUGACCACCCUGUGUUUCUUCUUCAAUCACGGCGAGAGCACACGUGUGAUGUGGACUCCUCCUUUGAGGGAAAGCUUUGCCUACCCCUUCCUGGUCCUGCAAAUGCUGUUACUCACAUUCAUCUUGAGGACCCGGAACCCGAGCAGGAUGGCACUGGUCGCUCUGGGAAUCUCCACAUUGUGCUUCAUGCUGCCAUGGCAGUUUGCCCAGUUUGUGCUGCUCACUCAGGUGGCCUCCCUGUUUGCGUCCUACAUCCUGGGUUACCUCAGUGCGGCCAAGAUGCAGUUGUUGUUGCUCACUCACAUGGUCGCACUGGUCUUCUGCUUUGUGUUUAUGUUUGGCAAUGCCAUGCUGCUCACGUCCUUUUACGCCUCCUCGCUCGUCUCAAUCUGGGCUGUUAUUGCAUUGAGGGAUGGCUUCACUCGGAUCUUCAGAACUGGUUUAAUGUUCUGGGUCAUGCAGGCUUUGUUUUGGAUGGGGUCCACUGUGCUGCUCAAAUUCCUGCUGUCCACCAUCCUCGGUGCUUCAGAUGAUGCUCACAUCAGUGGUCUGAUCAAGUCCAAGUUUACCAACUACAAGGACUUCCACACGCUCAUGUACACGUGUGCUGCAGAGUUCAACUUCAUGGAGUGGGAGACUCCUGAACGCUACCUGAAAACGCUGCUGCUGCCCGUCACCGUGUUGCUGGUGGCUCUGAUCGCAAAGACGAUUAUGCAGGAUGUUAUCCGCUACCUGAGGGAUGGAGGCAAAGCGCCUGAACAAAAUAAAGAUCAUAAAAAUGAGGAAGCUGUGAGGUGUGAAGUUGUCACUAAAGGAGAGAUGGUGUAUCACAGCCUGCAGCUGUUGGCAUUCAGUGUGCUGGCCGUCCUCAUCAUGCGGCUGAAGCUCUUCCUCACGCCGCACAUGUGCAUCAUGGCCUCGCUGAUCUGCUCCAGACAGUUAAUGGGCUGGAUCAAGGACAGGGCCAAACAUCGGGCCGCCGUGUUCCUCGUGUUGGCCCUCAUGGCGGUAAAGGGGGUGGCCAACCUGAAGGCCCAGUGGAGCAUCAUUGGGGAGUUUAGCAACAUGCCGCAGGAGGAGCUGCUGAACUGGAUACAGGACAACACUCUCCCCGGUGCUGUGUUUGCGGGUGCAAUGCCCACAAUGGCCAGUGUGAAACUGUCCACGGGUCGACCCAUCGUUAACCAUCCCCACUACGAAGAUGCUGGUCUGAGGGAGAGAACCAAGCUGGUGUACUCCAUGUAUAGCCGCAUGUCUGCAGAGACUGUGAAGAGCAACCUGAACAAGCUGGCAGUCGACUUUUUUGUUCUGGAAGAUUCUUGGUGUACCAGGAGAACCGGGCCCGGCUGCAGCAUGCCGGAGAUCUGGGACGUGGAGGACCCGCAGAAUGUGGGUAAAAUUCCUCUGUGCACGCACAUGUCCAGGAACUCACGGCCACACUUCACCACCGUCUUCGCCAAUCACAUCUACAAAGUCCUCAAAGUGGCCAAAGAUGCCAGAUAACGGCACCCGACGUCUUUUGCUUUUGAACGUGCCCGUUUACCGAUGGAAGCCUUAUUUUUAAUUUUAUUAUUAAUUAUUAUUUUUUUUGUAGUUGUAGCCUUUUUGGGGGGUUGGGGGUACAAAAUUCCCAGUAAAAAAUGUGAUAUAUUAUGUGUCGUUUAUCCACCUGAUAUAGGAUAGAUAAGGUAGGAUAUUGCGGAAAGUGUUGUGACAGAAUUUAUUCUACUCCGUGUUUCACAGGCCCCAGCAAAGUGGAACAGUGCUGCAACUGUGUACACUUUUAGGUCAGGUUUCCCCAAUCAGAUUAUUAGUCAUGUGAAAAUCUUCCCUUUUAUCAGAACUUCUUUCACACAGAGACCUGGCAAAAUUUGCCCAAACGUUUUCCAAUUGUUUUGUUUUUUCUUUAAUGUAGAAAGAGGAACAUUGCCAGGAAUUUAGCGCAUUGGAGCAACACAGUAUUCAUUCACCAGUAUCUUUCACACAAAACCCAGCAAAUCAGGACAUUGUUGGGUCGGACAAAUGGAGAAGUAUUUACAGGAGGCAGUUUCACACAGGAAUCCAAUGGCGCUUUCUUUUAUGUAAAACCUUUUCCACUUGUAUUCAUUUGCCAGUGUCUUUUCCACACGCAAUCCAGUCGAACGAAUCAUUGUCAUCAACAAAUUCAUUUUGGUUACACUUCAGACACUACCUCGGAAUCUGGGAUACUACCGCCGGCAUCGACGCCUUGUACAGUGUUGCUGUCGUAAUUGACUAUUUUUAUAUAACUUAUUUGCAGGCUUUUUUGGAAGAAAGUUCAAAUGUUUUAUGGAGGAAUAUGACAAUUAAUACCUGUCAUGACAUUUUAGGCUAGUUAUUAGAACAGCUGCACCUUGUCCAGUUUCGUUUUUUGUUGUAAAAAGAAUUGUUUUUUAUCCUCUCACACUGCCAAAAUAACUGUAGCGGAUAAUCACACCCGAACAGUAGCAGUGUAUGGGAAAAGCAAAGGUCACGAAAAUAUGAAGCUCAGUUGACAUAAAGAUGAAUUUAGCAUAGUUUAGCAUUUCAGUAACAAGCUAAACGGGAAGCCUCGAUGUGCCAAAGGGAGCUCUUGAACAAAAACUAUAUAGAUUAGAGAUUUUUCUAUGAAUGUUUUCAAUAAUUUCUAAUGUGUUUUAUGGUUCUUGCUGACUAUAUUUGUUUUGUAUUGAAAUAAAGGGUACAAUU